AUGCAUCCGGCACCGACGACGCCUCCCACUGUCAUGUACCGAAUGCCACCACCCACGGCGGGUGGCAUAAACGAGCCUCAGGAAUGCCCGUACUGCCGUCGCACGUUUUCAUGCUACUACUCCCUCAAACGCCACUUCCAGGACAAACACGAGCAAUCGGACACGCUAUACGUCUGCGAGUUCUGCAACCGUACGUACCGUACGAAGAACUCGCUGACGACGCACAAGAGCCUGCAGCACCGCGGCACCUCAGGCGUGCUGAGGAGGCUCCUGAAGGCCACGGCCAUGAAGAACGUCUUCGGCACCAUGCAACACCAGAUGCAGAUGCAGCAGCAACCGCAAUGA